UUCGCUUGCUCACUCUAACAACACUCAUCGCAGCGAUUCCAAUCUCUUAAAAGAAAACUCUCGACAAAAUGGCGGAACGUGGCGGAGAACGCGGCGCCGAGCGAGGUGGAGACCGUGGUGGCUUCGGUCGUGGAUUCGGAGGAGGUCGCGGCGACCGCGGUGGCCGCGGCGGUCCGAGAGGACGCGGCGGCAGACGCGGAGGCCGUCCCACCGAGGAGGAGAAAUGGACUCCGGUGACCAAGCUCGGCCGUCUCGUGCAAGCCGGAAAGAUCCAGAAGCUAGAGCAGAUCUACCUCCACUCGCUCCCCGUCAAGGAGUACCAGAUCAUCGACCUCCUCGUUGGCCCAACCCUAAAAGACGAGGUGAUGAAGAUCAUGCCGGUUCAGAAGCAGACCAGAGCCGGUCAGAGGACGAGGUUCAAGGCCUUCGUCGUCGUCGGGGACACGAACGGGCACGUGGGAUUGGGUGUGAAGUGCUCCAAGGAGGUGGCGACGGCGAUCAGAGGAGGGAUUAUAUUGGCGAAGCUGUCGGUGAUUCCGGUGAGGAGAGGAUACUGGGGGAACAAGAUUGGGAAGCCGCAUACGGUUCCUUGUAAGGUUACGGGGAAGUGUGGGUCUGUUACGGUGAGGAUGGUGCCGGCUCCGAGAGGUGCGGGGAUUGUGGCGGCUAGGGUUCCUAAGAAGGUGCUUCAGUUCGCUGGGAUUGAUGACGUGUUCACUUCUUCCAGGGGGUCCACUAAAACUCUCGGAAACUUCGUUAAGGCAACAUUUGAUUGUCUUCAGAAGACUUAUGGAUUCCUGACACCAGAGUUCUGGAAAGAGACGAGCUUCAAAAAAUCACCGUACCAGGAGUACACUGAUUUGCUGGCCGAGAAGGGAACUAAGAAACUCAUCACAGAGGUUGAAGACCAACAAGCCUCCUCCUAAAUCCGCAGCUACAAACUUGUCCCCAUCCUCUCUAUGGAUUAUCCUUGAUUUUGGUCGUCGAACUUUGCUGGAUUGCAUCUUAUGUUUCUUUUCAAUUUUAUGGAUGGAUAAUGUUUUAGCUCUUUUUUUUUGUUUUCAAAUCCAGUUUCUUUUUUUUAAAUUUCACAUUUGUUCCAAUUUUAAUUUUUUUUUCCUA